UGGGUGAACUACUAAAGACAGAGGAGGGUACAUGAUGACUACUUCACAGCAUCAACAACAAGCUAAAGUAGUCCCCACACAGAUAACACCGAAUAACACCACAAAAAGAGCAAAGACAGCUAAUACGAGCAACCAGCUGAUGGAACUGGAAAUGGAAUUUUUCACCAACAAAUAUUUAUGUAGGUUCAGACGCAUUAAUUUAGCUAGAGCUCUGAAUCUGACCGAACGACAAAUUCAGAUUUGGUUCCAAAACAGGCGUAUGAAGUUCAAGAAGGAGCAGAAGAACAAGGGUGGCUCUCCUUCCACUAGUCAUCCCAAUUCUCCAGACUCGCAACAGCACCCAUUGACUAACCUUAGGGCCAAAUGCAAUGAUACUAUGAAGAUGCCUCCAGUAUACUCAGAUUACGCUCAGAUGAAUCAACAUAUUCCUUAUUUGCCAAGACCGAAUCAAUACAUUGGCAGGGGAUACAAUAAUUGGGCCCCAGAUUGUUACCAGGAAGCCCCUGUAUAUACCCAAAUGGGAAAUCCCCCAUACUACCCUGGAAGAAACUAUCAUGGAAGCUAUAUUCCGAACAAUUCCGCCCAAAAUAUUACUCAUCUUCAGAAUGGAUCUAUGGUUCAUGUUAAAGAAGAAGAUAUUUCGUCCCAAUUGACAUCCCAGGAACAACAAAUUCUGAAUGCUGGUAAUAACAGCAAUUGGUCGGAUCAAAAUUUGAACACCUCAUACCCUAUACUUAGCGGUGAAACUACCAUUACCGAAUUGUAAUAGCUUUAGCGGGAUAGCCAGUGCGUGUGAUAAUCACAUACUAACAUUUAAAGUAAUGUUGAUAUCUGAUUAUGCCAAUUUCAGUUGUUUCUCCUAAAUAAACGUGUCUACAUCUACAUCUGUGUCUAUAUCAUGCUUGUGUUCUUGAUUAUAGUUUGAAUUAUUUAACAGUCAUUAAUUCAGAAUCAACGAAUUAUUGUUACAUGGAGGUUUUAUUAAUAUUAUUGUAUAGAUCAUUGUAUUUUUUGGAGAUUUAUAUAUUUAAUGAUUACUUAUAUAAAAAAAAAUUUAUACUUGAAGAAAACACCCAAUUUUA